ACCUGCCCUUGUUCAGAGACGUCACCACCUCCACCACAGUCUGGAGCUGGCAGUUGCACCUCGGCUGACACACACACUACACACACACCACAAACAACACGCGCAGAUCCGGGACCGUCGUGCACGGGACAUGCAGCGUUAACGCAGCUGGAGGACGGGGACAGGUCGCCGCCGCACUGCGAAGUGGCGGAGGUCUGCAGCGGGAAUGUCCACCGUGCAGCCUUGAAGGGGGAAAAUGAAGCGCAAGAGCGAGAGGAGGCGAGCCGAGUCGAGGAAAAAGCGCUGUGCGGCUCACAACAGCUCGGAGGCGGAGCCAAACUCUGAUAUUUACAUUGAGAUAACAGAUCAACUUUAUUUCGCUAUACUCCAGCAGAAGACCAAGAGCACAGCGGAAAGACACUGUUUCUGCAUAGAUGAAGAGCUUGCAUAUGAGAACUUCUAUGCGGACUUUGGUCCCCUCAACUUGGCCAUGUUUUAUCGCUUCUGUUGCAAGCUGACAAAGAAGCUCAAGUCCAUUACACUCUCAAGGAAGAAGAUCAUAUUUUAUACCUGUGGAGAUCAGAAAAAACAAGCCAACGCUGCCUACUUAAUAGGCUCAUAUGCAGUCAUGCAUCUAAAUAUGUCGCCAGAAGAAGCCUACAGUUUGCUGGUGUCGAAGAAUUCAACAUAUAUUCCUUUCAGAGAUGCUUCAUUUGGAACCUGCAUGUACAAUCUGAACAUCCUGGACUGCCUUCGUGGUGUAGACAAAGCUUUGCAGUAUGGCUGGCUGGACUUCUCUAACUUUGAUGUGGAAGAAUACGAGCACUAUGAGAGAGCAGAAAAUGGAGACCUAAAUUGGAUCAUUCCAGGAAAGUUCCUUGCGUUCAGUGGGCCUCAUCCAAAGAGCAAAAUCGAGAAUGGUUACCCUCUGCAUGCCCCUGAGGCCUACAUCCCGUACUUCAGGAAACACAACAUCACCACUGUUAUCAGACUCAACAAGAAGAUGUACGAUGCCAGGCGUUUCACGGACUCUGGCUUUGAGCAUCACGACCUGUUCUUUGUGGAUGGGAGCACGCCCAAUGACUCCAUUGUCAGGAAGUUCCUCAACAUCUGCGAGAAUGCAGAGGGAGCCAUCGCAGUCCACUGCAAAGCUGGUCUUGGGAGGACUGGUACACUCAUUGGCUGCUACAUGAUGAAACAUUACCGCCUGACUGCGGCUGAAGCCAUUGCAUGGAUACGCAUCUGCCGUCCAGGGUCCAUCAUCGGGCCUCAGCAGAACUUUGUUGAAGAGAAGCAGAACAGCUUGUGGGCAGAGGGAGAUGUUUUCCAAGAGAAGAUGCUGAACGAAAGAGAGAAUGGCAAGAUGGCGGUAACCCGGAUCCUGUCUGGAGUAGAUGAGAUUACCAUCAACGGUACCAACAAGAACAAGGUGUCCAAGAAAGAAGACAUGGAUCUGUAUAAUGAUGAAGAGGAGAGAAACGGACUCACGCAGGGAGAUAAACUACGAGCUCUCAAGAGCAAGAGGCAGGCCAGAUCAUCGACAGGUUCACUAUCGCAGGUGGUAGUGUUCUGCUGCAGCCUCAUGGGCACGGUGUGGCCGAUGUGUUGCCUGCAGUUCAAAAAAUAGCAAGAGAGAGGCAGAGAAAGAGUGGGGGAGAGGAAAAACAGAGAGAGGAUGUGAGGUUUUGUAUGAUGGAGGUAAGUGCACGUCACUUCCUUUCUAGCUGACAUCCUCCGGUAGAAACGGUUGCUAUGCCAGUGAAUGGUCUGGCUAACAGUAUGGCUGAUCUGAAGUUGCUCUGUUUGUUUUUUCUUUCCUUUCCUUUCCUUCUUUGGAUGACUAUGGUGUGAAGUGGAUAUGCACUUUGUGGAUUCAUUACAUUUACUCGCCUUUCAUUAUCUGCCUUCAUGGAAACACUGAACCGCUCUGCUUUCGAUAUCAAGGCCUACCCGAGAUAUCCACCAAGUUUCAAUUAAGUUCUCCAGCUGAGAUGGCUCUACUUGUUACCAGCAGCACCGAUUGUUCAACUAAUCACGGUUUUAAACAAGAUCUGGAUUAGUUGAAUUGAUUGUUUCUGUGCUUGGCUUGCCCUACCGACUCAGCGUUUCUCAACAGAAAAUGUUUGAGAGUUGGACCUCACUCUCAUUUACAGCCGGUACUUGUCACUGUUUGGAAAGGAGCUCAAAUCUUUUGUAUUGUUUUUAAUUGCCCUCCAUUCUUGGUAUUGGAAUUAACUUUGUCUAAGGUGUAUAUUAUGACAUUAAUUAGCUUCGUGAGGCAUUGUUGUGGAUAUAAAUUCCUUCUUAUCCUCAUUUUAAUGUAAAGGAUUAGAAGACAUCAGGUGUGAGCUUCUGAGUAGGAAGAGGGAUGAAAAUGGAUUUUUAUCAUUUUUCAGGAGGGAGUUGAAGCAGAAGGGAGAUUUGCUUGCUCUUAGUGCGUACGCUUUAUCAGUAUACACGUUGCUACAAAGGCGCUCAAUUUCCAGCUGAAGUUCACCAUCUGGCCACACUGUUUUGUUAUGUAACACUGAACUGCAUGCUGAAUUCCAGGGACUGUAAGAAAAAUGAUUCUCAACACUUUUCCUCACUUUUUCUGCCUUUUCAAGCAUGGCAACAGGCACGAAUCUCUGGGACAUGCACGCAUGCACACGGCUUUGUGUUCAAUCUGUUUUUGUGUCUAACGUGAUUACUGUUGGGCUGGGAUCAUUGUCAAUAGCCUGUUGUUUUUCCAUUUGCCUUAGUGACUGGAUCAGUGUGCGCAUAUCAUCUGAGCUUUGAAAACUCCUUCAGGUUUCUGUCUCUGCCAGCUUUUUCAAAUGCUUCGUCUCUGUGGAACAAAAUCUGAUCACAGACAUGAAUUCUUCAGGGAUCUGAUCAUUUUAAGACACAUUUAUAUGAUUCAUUAAAGCUAAAUUAUAACUUUUGGUUAUUUGUUUUUUACAGAUUUUUUUUUCUUUUUGUCAAUAUACAUGUUAACAGGCUUCAUUAUUACUUUUUAUUCAAUGACAUAUUAAACGGGAAACUUCUGGUGCCUUUAUAUUUUCUUAUAUGAAGUAACAUGCAUUAGAAAUCAUUUAAUUGAUCCUCACUGUAAAAGCAGCUACAAGUCUUUGGGUUUAAUCACAUAUUUGUCCUCAUUGUUUAAGCUCUUCCUGAACUCUCACUCAUUGAUGUAGUGUUCCAACAUUGGCAGGAUUGUAAAUGUAUGGCAGACCGCUUGCACUUCACAGCAAGUCAGGAACAAAGACACGCUAUCUGGCACUGUUGGAUGCAAGGCUCUGUGAAAGGUGUUUCAUCUAAUCCAGUCCCGGUGGAAAAGCAGAACAUCAGAGGCUUUGUGUCCUGCCCAGACGUCUCUUGUCUCUUCUUCCUUUUUUUCCCCUUUUUCCGUUUGCUCUUGUUGUUGGAUUUGUCCUCCUUUCAGAUGGCUGGUAGCCAUGCUGCUCUCCUCCCUGUGUAGCCUUGCCCUGUGGUGGAUUGUGUAUGGCUUCCCUUCUUCCAUCCUGCAUUUCUGUAUAGACGGGUUAGGAUUUCAAUGAGCUCUGCCGCCCGUCAGGCCCCA